GCAGUGACGUCUCGAAUGUUGUUGUUGGUGGCGGCGGCGACCGGAGCCGGAGGAGCCGCCGCAAAGAUGGAGGAGCCGUCGAGGAGGUGCUGCCGCUGCUGCCGCCGCCGCUGCUGCCGCCGCCGCCCGCGAAGCCGGAGCUCGAGCCGCAGGGGGGAUGCCGUUCUGAGUGCCUGACUGCCUCGCCCCGAAGGAUGGCCUCGGAUGGGCGUUAGAGGCACAGCGGCCCCGGGCUCCUGUCCCGUCCGUCUGUCUGUUAUCGUCUGUCUCUCUUGACAUCACCGCAGCUCCACCCCCUCCCGUCCCAGCCCCCAACGCCAGCUUCCUGCGGGCCCAGAGCCGGCAUGAACUCUCCCACCGAGUCGGCAGAUGGGAUGCCAGGCCGGGAACCAUCCUUGGAAAUCCUGCCUCGGACCCCUCUACAUGGCCUCCCUGUGGCAGUGGAGGUGAAGCCGGUGCUGCCAGGAGCCAUGCCCAGCUCCAUGGGGGGCGGGGGAGGAGGCAGCCCCAGCCCCGUGGAGCUGCGGGGUGCGCUGGCAGGCCCCGUGGACCCCGCGCUGCGGGAGCAGCAGCUACAACAGGAGCUCCUGGCGCUCAAGCAGCAGCAGCAGCUGCAGAAGCAGCUCCUGUUCGCUGAGUUCCAGAAACAGCACGACCACCUGACCCGGCAGCAUGAGGUCCAGCUGCAGAAGCACCUCAAGCAGCAGCAGGAGAUGCUGGCAGCCAAGAGGCAGCAGGAGCUGGAGCAGCAGCGGCAGCGGGAGCAGCAACGGCAGGAGGAGCUGGAGAAGCAGCGGCUGGAGCAGCAGCUGCUCAUCCUGCGAAACAAGGAGAAGAGCAAAGAGAGUGCCAUCGCCAGCACCGAGGUGAAGCUGAGGCUCCAGGAAUUCCUCCUGUCGAAGUCAAAGGAGCCCACACCAGGCGGCCUCAACCAUUCCCUCCCACAGCAUCCCAAAUGCUGGGGAGCCCACCAUGCUUCUUUGGACCAGAGUUCCCCUCCCCAGAGCGGCCCCCCUGGGACGCCUCCCUCCUACAAACUGCCUUUGCUUGGGCCCUACGACAGCCGUGAUGACUUCCCCCUCCGCAAAACAGCCUCCGAACCCAACUUAAAAGUACGUUCGAGGCUAAAGCAGAAGGUGGCCGAGCGGAGAAGCAGUCCCCUCCUGCGUCGCAAGGACGGGACUGUCAUUAGCACCUUUAAGAAGAGAGCUGUUGAGAUCACAGGUGCCGGGCCUGGAGCGGCAGCCGUGUGCAACAGCGCGCCAGGCUCCGGCCCCAGCUCUCCUAACAGCUCCCACAGCACCAUCGCCGAGAAUGGCUUUACUGGCUCAGUCCCCAACAUCCCCACCGAGAUGCUCCCCCAGCACCGGGCCCUCCCUCUGGACAGCUCCCCCAACCAGUUCAGCCUCUACACGUCUCCCUCUCUGCCCAACAUCUCCCUAGGGCUGCAGGCCACGGUCACUGUCACCAACUCGCACCUCACCGCCUCCCCAAAGCUUUCGACGCAGCAGGAGGCCGAGAGGCAGGCCCUCCAGUCCCUGCGGCAGGGUGGUGCACUGACGGGCAAGUUCAUGAGCACAUCCUCUAUCCCCGGCUGCCUGCUGGGCGUGGCACUGGAGGGCGACACCAGCCCCCACGGGCAUGCCUCCCUGCUGCAGCAUGUGCUGCUGCUGGAGCAGGCCCGGCAGCAGAGCACCCUCAUUGCUGUGCCGCUCCACGGGCAGUCCCCGCUGGUGACGGGUGAGCGCGUGGCCACCAGCAUGCGGACGGUGGGCAAGCUCCCUCGGCACCGGCCCCUGAGCCGCACUCAGUCCUCGCCGCUGCCCCAGAGCCCCCAGGCCCUGCAGCAGCUGGUCAUGCAGCAGCAGCACCAGCAGUUCCUAGAGAAGCAGAAGCAGCAGCAGCUGCAGCUGGGCAAGAUCCUCACCAAGACUGGGGAGCUGCCACGGCAGCCCACCACCCACCCCGAGGAGACAGAGGAGGAGCUGACAGAGCAGCAGGAGGCCUUCCUGGGGGAGGGGGCCCUGGCCAUACCCCGAGAAGGCUCCACGGAGAGUGAGAGCACACAGGAAGACCUGGAGGAGGAGGAAGAGGAGGAGGAGGAGGAGGAGGGAGAGGAGGAGGAGGAGGAGGAGGAGGAGGAGGAGGAGGAGGAGGACUGCAUCCAGGUCAAGGAUGAGGAGGGCGAGAGUGGUGCUGAGGAGGGGCCCGACUUGGAGGAGUCCAGUGCUGGUUACAAAAAGGUGUUUGCAGAUGCCCCGCAGCUGCAGCCUCUGCAGGUGUACCAGGCGCCCCUCAGCCUGGCCGCUGUGCCUCAUCAGGCCCUGGGCCGCACCCAGUCCUCACCUGCUGCCCCUGGGGGCAUGAAGAGCCCCCCGGACCAGCCCACCAAGCACCUCUUCACCACAGGUGUGGUCUAUGACACGUUCAUGCUGAAGCACCAGUGCAUGUGCGGCAACACACACGUGCACCCUGAGCACGCUGGCCGGAUCCAGAGCAUCUGGUCUCGGCUGCAGGAGACAGGCCUGCUCAGCAAGUGUGAGCGGAUCCGGGGUCGCAAAGCCACGCUGGACGAGAUCCAGACGGUGCACUCCGAAUACCACACCCUGCUCUAUGGGACCAGCCCCCUCAACCGACAGAAGCUGGACAGCAAGAAGCUGCUCGGCCCCAUCAGCCAGAAGAUGUAUGCCAUGCUGCCUUGUGGGGGCAUCGGGGUAGACAGUGACACCGUGUGGAAUGAGAUGCACUCCUCCAGUGCCGUGCGCAUGGCGGUGGGCUGCCUGGUGGAGCUGGCUUUCAAGGUGGCGACGGGGGAGCUCAAGAAUGGUUUUGCCAUCAUCCGGCCCCCAGGACACCACGCGGAGGAGUCCACAGCCAUGGGAUUCUGCUUUUUCAACUCUGUAGCCAUCACAACCAAACUCCUGCAGCAGAAGCUGAAUGUGGGCAAGGUUCUCAUCGUGGACUGGGACAUUCACCACGGCAACGGCACCCAGCAAGCAUUCUACAACGACCCCUCCGUGCUCUACAUCUCCCUGCAUCGCUAUGACAAUGGGAACUUCUUUCCGGGCUCUGGGGCUCCUGAAGAGGUUGGCGGAGGGCCGGGCGUGGGGUACAAUGUGAACGUGGCAUGGACGGGAGGUGUGGAUCCCCCCAUCGGAGACGUGGAGUACCUAACGGCCUUCAGGACAGUGGUGAUGCCCAUUGCCCACGAGUUCUCACCUGACGUGGUCCUGGUCUCCGCCGGGUUUGAUGCUGUCGAGGGACACCUGUCUCCGCUGGGUGGCUACUCGGUCACUGCCAGAUGUUUUGGCCACUUGACCAGGCAGCUGAUGACACUGGCAGGGGGCCGGGUGGUGCUGGCCCUCGAGGGAGGCCACGACUUGACCGCCAUCUGUGAUGCCUCUGAGGCCUGUGUCUCCGCUCUGCUCAGCGUGGAGCUGCAGCCCUUGGACGAGGCAGUCUUGCAACAAAAGCCCAACGUCAACGCAGUGGCCACGCUAGAGAAAGUCAUCGAGAUCCAGAGCAAACACUGGAGCUGUGUGCAGAGGUUCGCUGCUGGUCUAGGCCGUUCCCUGCGGGAGGCCCAGGCCGGUGAGACAGAGGAGGCUGAGACUGUGAGCGCCAUGGCCUUGCUGUCGGUGGGGGCCGAGCAGGCCCAGGCUGCUGCAGGCCGGGAGCACAGCCCCAGGCCGGCAGAGGAGCCCAUGGAGCAGGAACCUGCCCUGUGACGCCCUGGCCCCCACCCCUCUGGGCUUCAUCAUUGUGAUUUUGUUUAUUUUUUCUAUUAAAAAACAAAAAGUCACACAUUCAACAA